CUCGCUCCGGCCGAAAGGGGGAAAUGGGCUCGCAGCGGGUCGAGCUGGGCUUCGUGGAAGAGGACGCGGCUGCUUGGCGGCUGCGCAGCGACCAGUUCCCCUGCAAGGUCGGUGGGAGGCCGGCUUGGCUGGGCGAGGCCGGCUUGCCGGGCCCUGCCGAGCUCCGGUGCGGCGUGUGCGGGCAGCCGUGCGCGUUCCUGCUACAGCUCUACGCGCCUUUGCCGGACCGGACCGACGCCUUCCACAGAAGCCUCUUCCUCUUCGGCUGCCGCCAGCCCGCCUGCUACCGCCCCGCCGGCCCCGCCCCGGGCAGCCUGAGAGUUUUUAGGAAUCAGUUACCAAGGAAGAAUGAUACUUACUCUUACGAUCCCCCGCCUGAAGAGCCACCCUUAAAAGAGCUGCCUUGUGUAAAUCUGCAGCUAAAAUGUGGAGCUCAGCUGUGCAGAGUCUGUGGGUGUUUGGGUCCCAAAACCUGCUCCAGAUGUCACAAGGCUCAUUAUUGUAGCAAAGACCACCAGGUUCUGGAUUGGACAGCAGGACAUAAGGCAUCAUGUUCACAGGCUGAUCAGCUGAAUAUUGCGAUUCCAGAUCAUAAGUUUCUUUUUCCUGAGUACGAAAUUGUAAGAGAGCCUGAGGAAACAGACUCGUCCAAUAUUAAUGAAAAAAAGCAGGAAGAUCUGGAGAAAAAUGAAGAAUCUACACCUGCAGAUGAAACAUCUGAAUCUCUAGAUGUGAAUUUCCUAGAGGCAAUGGCAAAACAUGAAACCCAAGAUGACAAGAUUUUUCAAAAAUUUAAAGAGAGAAUAUCUUUGGAACCAGAACAGGUUAUCAGAUACUGCAGAGAUGGAGGAGGCCCCAUCUGGAUAUCAGGGAAAAAUAUUCCUCAGGAGGCAGAUAUCCCUAACUGUUCAUGCAGUGGUAAAAGAAUAUUUGAAUUCCAGGUUAUGCCACAACUUCUGAGUCACCUGAAAGUUGACAGCCUUGUAGAAAGCAUUGACUGGGGAACACUGGCUAUCUAUACGUGUGAUGAGAACUGUAACUUAGGCAGCCACUACACCGAAGAGUUCAUCUGGAAGCAGGACAUUUCCAGCUCUGUUUGAUUUCUACAAAAUGGAAACAAUAGGAUGCUUUACUUCGGUAACAUAAAGAGGUCUCAUCACGAUCAAGUCUACAACUGUGUUUAUCAUCCUUGGAACAUCUGCACCAAAACAUAAGUUGUACAAAAGAAAUGAACACUUUCCCAUUGGUGACAAGAUCAGUCCCAGACUGUAAGAAUGACUAUUUAAAAUGUUUUAAUAAAACUGCUGUUUAAGUU